CUGCAAUAUGGCCUGGCCAUGCCUUACUACGGCUACGGCCUCGGCAUGCCUUACUACGGCAUGGGAUACGGUAUGGCCAUGCCUUACUACGGCAUGGGCUACGGCUUGGGCUACGGUAUGGGCUACGGCAUGGGCAUGCCUUUGUACGGCAUGGGCAUGGGCCUCGGAUUCGGACUCGACUACGACUACUACGGCAUGGGUGGCUUGGGCAUGUACGGCAUGGGAAUGUACGGCUUCGGCAAGAAGUGAGCGUCGCCAAGACAACCUGACGUCAUUGGCACGGCAAGUGAGGUCACAUGCCGCCAUCGUGAAGCGCCCGCAAGGGAAGAACAGCUCGCCGAGGACGACGCAGCCAGUAUAAAAAAAAGCGUGUCUC